AUGGUGCUUUUGGAGGAACAUGAGUUCACCUGGGCGGAGAAGAAGACUGCCUACCUCGCUGCUGGUCCUAAAGAAGGACCACUCUUGAUCUUCAUCCAUGGCUGGCCGGCCAUCGGCUACACAUGGAAGCCUCAACUAGAGACUUUUGCAUCUCUUGGCUUUCGUGGAAUCGCACCUGACAUGCCCGGUUAUGGCGGCUCAUCGGCCCGCAAGGUAACAGAAGACUACUCCCUCGAGGAGAUCAACAACAGCAUGGUCGCUCUCCUCGGGCAUUUGGGUAGGGACGAAGCGGUUUGGAUCGGGCACGAUUGGGGAUGUGGUGCAGUCUGGUCCUUCGCGGAGCACUACCCAGAAAAGACAACCGCAGUCUGCGGCAUGGCAGUCCCCUCCCACAUCAUAGAACUCGGCCUCGAGCAGGAGGUGAAGUAUGUCAACCGCGAAAUGUAUCCCAAGGACAAGUAUCCUUACGGCCAAUGGGACUACCAACAAUUCUACGUCGAAUCCUUCGACAAAGCAACAGCCUGGUUCGACAAGGACCCCGCCGCCUUCCUCCGCGCAGGCUACUCCAAAGGCAACCCGGCCAGUCUCGGCCAGCCAGCUUUUACAUCACAAGUCCGCGCCCAGGGUGGGUGGUUCGGCGGCGUUGCGGAACCAGACCCAAAGUGGAAGCAGAUCCCAGCCGAGAACAUCUGCAUCGACGAGGAGACGUACCAAAAGUUGGUUGAGGCGAUGGCGAAGACGGGCUUCUUCGGAGCGGAUAGUUGGUAUGCUAACCAUGAGAGGAAUCGGAAGUAUUAUGAUGAGAAGGCGAAGCAUGAGGGCAGGUUGAAGAUGCCGGUGUUGUUCGUUGAGGCGAAGUUUGAUACGAUUUGCGAUACUGUCAACUCGAGGUUGGCGGAGCCGAUGAGGAAGAUGUGCGACAAGUUGACGGAAUGCAGCAUUGAUUCUGGUCACUGGGUUGCGCAAGAGAAGCCGACGGAAGUGAACGGUGUGAUUGCGAGAUGGAUCGUGGAGGAAGUGCCCACAGCGUGGCCAGGGUACUGGGGCAACAAGGGAUUUAUCAAGUCAAAGGUGUGA